CGCGAAAAUAUACUCGGAAAAACUGCAGUCGUACUUGACGUUCCCAGAAUUGGUGGCAGCAGUACCGACCGGUGUGCUGUUCGGCGCCUCACCCAAGCAGGCAGACCCACUUGCCCGGGCGCAAGCGCUGCAAACCGUCACGCACCUGCUCAAGCUCGGGAACCGGCGAGCCAAUGGCAAUGCAGAACUCUCCAACCCCGCACACCAAAUUUCCUCGGGCGGAAAUUCCGCCCAUGUUCCCAAACGCGCCAAAAAGCAGGCGCCGAUCUUUACGACGUGCAUGGCCCGGCUCGUGGAAGGGAGGGUGACAACCCGCGUGCAAAUUGGCCUGCUCGCGGUGACGGACACUACCGGCACCCUGGAGAAUUCCUCCGCGGCUGGAGGUGGACCUCUGCAACAAGGUCAGAAAUACUUCCUUUUUUCCUGUGACUACCUGGACAAAGCAGCGAGGGAGAAACGGCAAGCCGACACGGCGGCCCCGCUCCCUUUCGAAGCUGUGGUGGAGGAUACCGAGUUUACCGUGAUGCAGGAAACACGCACGGGGCAGUCUUAUGAGUUGCAAAAGUAUUGUACUAGUUUAGUAGAAGUAAAUGCAUAACAAAUUUUUCUCAGCAUGAGAAAUGAAAUUUAUCAUGGUGAAUCAGCCAAGAAACCAGAUUUGUCAUUCAUGAUGGCGAUUGCUACGAUGCUUUUGCACUGGACAAGUCUGCACUGUUGGUCAAGAACCCCAUGCAGCGACAGGUGUUGCUCGCCCUCUUCAUUUAUCAAAUGCAAAUAUGUCUGGGUCUGGAAGGUUGGAAGACUUGUCAUGCAGGUUGUCCAACACGCGUGAGGUCUGUCAUACAUGACCCAGCAUGACAGAUUCUUCCCGACCUCUAUCAUGCCUCGUCUGCAUGAGAAAUUCCCUCUCAGCUUGGUCAAAAGUGGACAGCUUUUGGUAAUCAUGCAACACAGAUUUUUGCACUAUCCAGAAUUAGCAUGACAAGUUGCCUUCUUUCAGAUCCAGACAUAUUUGCAAUUGAUAUCAUUCCCCAGCAGGUGCUCGCGCACUAUCCUGUGCAAAAGUAUCGUACUCGUACAAAUGCAAGUCUUGCAUUUAACAAAUCUUGUUUCCAAGGGAAAUCUGCAGUACAAAUUUUAUUUCUCAUGCUGAGGAAAUUUGUAAUGCAUUUAUACGAGUACGAUACUUUUGCACAGGAUACGCACUUCCUCCAGUUGGUAAGAGCCCACAGCUUCGGCGGCGGGAAGAUAAGUUUCGCCGAGAGCAAGCAAGUUCUCGAAGAAGAAACGACCGCAGACCAGCUGGACGACUUGCUCAGCCUGUGGACAAGGGAGUACGUUGCCGACCAGGUUAUGCCUGCCACGCAGGCCCAGCGCUGCGUCAUACUGCCGAGCGAGAAGCAGACGGAGCUGCUGAGGAAGCAGAUUAUUAGUACAGCGGGAGAACGAGGUCGCGAUGCAAAUACCGUGUUCGUCGCAGAAGAUGAUGAUGAUGUGUCACGUAUGCAACCUAACCGCGGCCACAAGCUGAUGAAAGCGGAG